UUUGUUGGGGCUUCACUGGGCUAGCUGGGAGUUGCGCUUAGUAUUAGUGGAACUGGAUCAAUCAAACCAACCAGCUAACCAACGAACAGACGUGAUUUGAAAUGGCUUGGAAGAACGGGCCGAAACUCAUGGGGCCCUUAAGCGUACAUGCAUUGAGCCAUUGAUCAAGCCUACUUGCUAUUAUACCGGAGGCUCCAUUCAAUGGCAAAGGCAACUUUGCUUGGGACAAGCAGUGAUUGGUCCCUAUUCUAUUGAUUCAAAAAGGACUCAAACCGCUUCAUCCCAUUUAGGUGACUGUCGAACUGAAUUGGAAUGUCUGUUAAACGUAGGAAAGACCCUAUGCAGUUGGGGUGGAACCCGAGUGAGUGUGUGCCAAUCAGUGAGGAAGAAAAGACAAAACAACAACAACAACAACAAUAACAACAGUAACAACAAUAUUGCCGAGCGAUUGUCAUGUUUGUCUUGGACGAAGAACGAGUAUCUUGGAACUAAACCAUACCCAGAAGCAUGGCUUCCCUCUCUGAAUACUCUCAGAGGGUUGUGGAUAAAUGUCUGGAGGAGCCCUUGGCCACAACCAAUCGUUGUGGUUUGUAGACGUGUGAAAAGAGCCCAAGAGGAGAAUGGUCGCGAGCCAACCAACCAACCAACCAACGAGAGAUUGAGCGAGGUCCACCUUUAAGUUAAGUGAAAAAGGCCAUAAUCCGACGUAGGUAUAAGCGGAUCCGCCGAGUGAGUCAACGAAGCCCUGCCAAGGAACGCGUUGCGUUCAGACCAGAGGAGGCGACCGACGACCGAAGGACACGAAAGAGACAGAUUGUCAAGGUCGAGGUUACAAGGAUGUCGCUCCCCGAACACAGUUGUGUUUGGGCUAGUGACGGGCCAUGAUGCCAGGCACCAUGUCCCCGCCACCUAAAUCACCGGGCUCAAAAUGGCCCAUCUUUCUUGUGAAUCGCAGUGGAUUGCCCUUUGAUGAGCUCACGUGGAAUGAGCUAUGGGAGUUCGCAUCUUAUCUCUACCCAGAAGCCAGAGCAAGCUUCCAUAACAUACAGGGCGCGGAAACCCUGGACGAUUUGCCCACUCCUCACCCGCCGUCGAUAUCGAUGGCCAAGCAAGGACGCAUCCUGGAGUAUUUGCGCAAAGUCCAAGACUACAUGAAUAGACUUUCCUACAACCACACAGGCACGCAGUUCUUCGAGACCCGCCCCAAUUCCUCGCUUCACACUCUCGUCGAGGCAGCUAAAGUGAUUGUACGAGAAGCUUUGCCCAUCAAAUGCAUGGAGGCGGUUGUGUUGGCCAUCUACUUGACCAAUGGAGUGCCAGGCAUGGGGCGAUUCACCAUCAACUUCAAAUCUGAAUUGCCCCCCGUUCAAAAACUUUCCUCUCACGCCCAUCUUCAGACAUCCGCGUCAUCGAAGCGCUAUUUCUACCACGUCGUCUUGGGCGUGGUCUUGGGAAAUCGUUUUGGAGCGAUCGGUUUGAGUCGGAGAGCCAAUCUUAUGAAUAAAUCCGUCCAAUUUCCCUCCUUGAUGGAUUUAGUGGACGAGUUCGAGAGAAGUUACCAAGAAUGCGGCCAAAGAUUGGUCAAGAUCCGCAUUGGAAGACUAAUCUCCCAUGAUCAAUAUUCCAUCUCUCCGAUACCAUGGAAGGGAAUCACAAUCCAUCCACGGACGGAAGAGCUGAAGGACGUGAAAUGCAAGGUUGAAAGACAUUCGAAAGAGUUGAGAAGCGCUCUCCGAGGAGCGAGAUAGCGUUGUCCCAUAUUCAAAGUAUGCCUUGCUUUCUUGGUGUGCCUUGGCAUUGACAAGGAACAACCUCAGCCACACAGCUGUGGCUAUAUGAGUUUCAUACCGUAAUAGAUGUGGACGAGGACAAUAACGCCACCGACUCUCAUUCAAGUUGAUGGUACGAUACCAUACCAAUUGUGACAGAUUGGAAGGAAGAAACGGAUCGAGAAAAAUAAAGGAACAAGAACCUUUUCAUCGAGACAUUGCAAUUGACAAGAAGUAUUUCAUCCAUCUUUCUACAUGGUUAUGAAAUGAAUGAAAUUAUAAAUAGGUAGGGCGAUACUGUUU